GUUUUAGAGAUGUCAAUCCUUUGAACUAAGCCGGUUUGUUGGUUUCAAAUCAUACAUCACCGAUGGCGUUAAAUAAGCGACGAUUUGAGUAUGGGAUCGGAAGAGCUAAGGUCAAUUCAAUCCUAUUACAAGCUUGUCUUAUUGAUUGUCCUCGUCUUGCACAUCCGAUUUCUCCGCAAGACAACAUAUCACUCCUUAAAAAUGGAGACGUUGAAAUUGGCGAAACAUACGAUUGCCCUGACAACUGCUGUUUCUCUAAAUGUUGUAGAAAAUGAUGAAAGCAAAAGGGGAGGCUAUAUAAUGUUUAAAAGUGGUCGAAUGCCUAUCUCGUCGAAAGAGUGCGAACUGACAGUGAAGAAGGGGUCUGAAGAGAAUAUAGAUUGUCCUGACGAAAUACAAACACAGUUCGCUAUGGAACACGAGCAGCGCCAGGCUCAGGUUGUGGAUGAUAAGUCCCCGACAGACCCCUGUCCCCCGGGUCAUUGUGCUGAAUGCAAUUCAACAGCGCGCUCUCUAAUGGUAAAUUAUGCUUCCCAUGUGUUAGCACACUGUCACAAAAGUGUGCCGUUUCGACGAGACACUAUCGAGAGAACUUUUCAUUCGCAGUUUAACCAAGCGAUCGGAGCCUAUCCGACCGUAGUCAGCAAGAAACCAAAGCCGUUAUGGCUGAACAAGUAA